CACAUUUUGGUUAUUUCUUCUCAGAAAGCAUCGUUCGACCAUACGCAUGCGCACCUCAUGUUGGAACUACAAUAUGGCGUCCUCUUGCUACAGUCUGUUGAUGCGGUCGGAGAGUAACUAAUAGGUCGCUCAGAAUCCACUUUCAAGCUUGUUUUUACAACUAAUUGUUCGCGUUACUUUGUUUAAAGUUUGGUUGUUAACGUUAGAGCUUUUGUUUAACUAGUUUCAAUCCGAGAAAAUGAGUUACACCACGAAGGUGGUCCAGGUGACGAACGUGUCGCCAAGCACAACAUCAGAUCAGAUGAGAACACUGUUCGGCUUUCUGGGAACCAUCGAAGAGCUGAAGUUAUUCCCUCCAGAUGAUUCUCCAAUGCCUGUUACAUCCCGGGUGUGCUUUGUGAAGUUCCAGGAGCCAGAGUCUGUUGGAGUUUCUCAACAUCUCACUAACACUGUUUUUGUGGACAGAGCCUUGAUCGUGGUUCCAUUUGCAGAAGGAUCUAUUCCAGAUGAGGCCAAAGCUCUGUCUCUGUUGGCGCCGGCUAAUGCUGUUGCAGGAAUUCUGCCAGGAGGAGGACUUCUUCCCACACCCAAUCCCAUGCCCAAUCCAUCUCUGGGAGGGAACCCUUUUGGUCCAAAUAUGGAUGCAAUGGCUGCAUUUGGAUUUGGAGGACCAAAUAUGAAUCCUCAGGCUGCUGAUCAACUGUUAAAGCUUAUGACGGAUCCAAAACUGAAUCCUUUGGCUGCAGGCUUGAACCUGAGCGCGAGCCUAAAGGCGGAUGCUUCUAAUAAAGAAAUCGAAGAGGCCAUGAAGAGAGUGAGAGAGGCCCAGUCGCUCAUCUCUGCUGCCAUUGAACCUGGAAAUAAGGAGGGCAAAAAGAGGCACUCCGAGUCCAGCGCUACGUCCAGGUCCAGAAGAAGACGGUCCAGAUCCCGUUCGAGACACAGAUCCAGCAGCAGAACACGCCGACGGUCAAACUCCAGAAACAGGCGGUAUUCGAAAAGCCCACGCAGAAAACGUGCCCAUUCCAAAGAGCGAGGCAGGAGAUCCACAAGCAGAUCCAGAGAUAGAAAGAAAGAAGAAGCAGCAAGAAAAAGAUCCAGAACACCACCGAAAAGCUACAGCACAGCCAGGAGAUCACGCAGCGGGAGCAGGAGACGCAGGAAGAGUCGAAGCGUCAGCAAAUCUCCUAAAAGAAGAAUCUCCAAGUCUCAAUCUCCUCGCAGGCAAAAGAAGGAGAAGAAAAGAGAAAAGGAAAGAGACAGGGAUCGCAAGAGUGAAAAAGACCGCAGCAAUGAAGAACAUGAACGCUCCUCCAGCAAGAAAAAGAAAAGUAAAGACAAAGACAGAGAGAGGAAGUCCGAUGGAGACAAAGGUGAUAUCAAAAUUACCAGGGAUUAUGAUGAAGAAGAACAAGGCUACAACAGUGAGAAGGAGCGCGAGGACAGGAAGGAUUCAGACGACUCUGCUCUGUCUCCUCAGUCUGUAGAAGGUAAUGGCACAGCACGUCUUGUGAAGAUGGCCAAAGUCAACGGAGCUGACGAUCACCAUGAAGAAGACAUGGAUGUCAGCGAUUAAAAUGUCUGUCCUGCUUGUUCCCACAGAAUCCCUCCAUUUUUGUUGUGAAUGUUCUUUUUUUUUUUAACUGGAGGAAAGCUUAAAUGUGAAGUGAUUGUUAAAUGAAUUCUACUACUUUCUACUUUGAAAAAGUCCAAUGUACAAUUGUUGAGUUUUCCCAAAGAUGUCACAUUGAUUUAAAGCUCACUUGUGCUUGUUGCCUUUACAAUCACAGUCGGUUAAAACUAGCAAGUAGGCUUGCUUUUCUUUCUUACACUUGUUAGUUUUAGUUUUUUUUUUUUCUCACAUAUUCUAGCUUUAACUAUAUAUUUGUAUAGUACACUAUAUAUUUGUUUAGUGAUGUGGUGUCCUGCUCAGGCCUCUUCCUAACCUUUUGGAAACUGUGGAUGCGUUUAUUUUUUAUUCGAAAGUGUUGUUUUAUCAAGGGUUUAUUUUAUAUUAAAGCUUAUUUGGAUAACCAAGAAUUUCAA